AUGAGUGCGACAAGACUUGACCGAUUGGUCGUUCUUCUUGACACUGGUAGCACUCAGCUCAUCCGCAACACAGCUGCUCAACAGCUUGCCGAUGUGCAAAAGAAUCACCCGGAUGAACUAUUCAACUUACUAACCAGAGUUGUCCCUUUCCUUCGCUCAUCCUCUUGGGACACGAGAACAGCAGCCGCAAAGGCCUUGGGCGGAAUCGUUGAACAUGCGCCAAAGUUCAAUCCCAACGAAGAUGAUAUUAAGAACGAGAACGGCGCCGUCAAGGAAGAGAAUGGUUCUUCGACACCUCUCGCCUCUGAGGAUCAAUUGCAGCUCGCAACUCUGGAUGUCGAAGCAAUUUUGACCAACGGAAAGGAGCUGCUAGGUAGCGCCGGACGCCAAUAUGAUUUCAAGUUGGCUGGCAUGGACCCGGCUCAGAGGCUAGCCCACCAAAAGAAGACUCUUACCAACCGACUCGGCCUCGGUGGAGAGUACAUGGAGGACGAACUCGUCACGGAGACAGAUAUUGCCGUUCGCACCAGUUUCCCGCCACCAGCCAUGCCAACAGCAGACUCCAGUCUGUCCCGGGCUAACAGUGUUACAGAGUCUGCUGUCGUCUCUCCCAGCGACCAGCAAACUCCUUCCGAAGCCAUGAGUAAAAGACAGCUAAACAUGCUCAAGCGACGCAGGAAGGAAGAACUCAAACGCGAUAACAAGAAAUUCAAAUACGAUCUUACUAGCAUCAGGCGCGAGAGUACUACAGUACCUACUCCAGGCGACUCGGAACCCAUUAUCAAAGAUGAGAACGGAGACACCAAUGCCAGCGUCCCCGACUACUUUUCACUUGAAAGAAAGGGCGGUGACGAUGAUGCCAAGGUUGUGUCAGAAUUCAAAGGCGCUCCCAUCGUCGAAAAGUCUGCCUUCCAGACCGAAGUCGAGGAGGCUGGGAACGGAUGGCCGUUUGAACGACUCUGCGAAUUCUUGACCGUUGAUCUGUUCGACCCUGCUUGGGAGAUUCGUCAUGGAGCUGCUAUGGGACUUCGCGAAAUCGUUCGUGUGCAUGGAGCAGGUGCCGGUCGUUUGCUGACAAGAACCAAAUCCGACAAUGAUCGCCUCAACCAGGCAUGGCUUGACGAUCUUGCUUGUCGCAUCUGCUGCGUCUUCAUGCUCGACAGAUUUGCAGACUACGUCUCGGACAAUGCCAUUGCACCAAUCAGAGAAACUGCUGGUCAGACAUUGGGUGCACUCUUGCAGUAUCUCCCAGCAUCCUCAGUUCACGCGGUCAAUCGUAUCCUUUACAGGUUGGUCAUGCANAAAGACCUCAAGGUCAACAAACGUAUUUGGCACGCUUGCCACGGCGGUAUGAUCGGUAUGCGAUACUUGGUGGCAGUAAGAAACGAUCUGCUACUUCAAGAUAACCUCUUGAUGGAUGGUGUUUUGGAGUGUGUCAUCAAAGGACUCGGAGACAAUGACGACGAUGUCAGGGCAGUUAGCGCGGCUACUCUGAUUCCUGUCGCUAAAGAGUUCGUCAACAUGCGUCAUUCCGCACUCAACCAUCUCAUCAGCGUUGUCUGGGAAUGUCUUUCGAACCUGAGCGACGAUCUCAGUGCCAGUACAGGAUCCGUUAUGGAUUUACUUGCAAAACUCUGUGGCUUCCCUGAAGUUCUCGACGCCAUGAAGAAGAAUGCUGCGGAGAAUCCUGAGCAAUCUUUCGCAGAAUUGGUACCUCGCCUAUACCCCUUCUUACGCCAUACCAUCAGCACAGUCCGUUCCGCUGUCCUUCGUGCUCUCAUCACAUUUGUCAACAUUGACGGUGACGAUGCAAAGAGCUGGGUUGAUGGUCGGGCUCUGCGUCUUGUCUUCCAGAAUCUGCUUGUCGAACGCAACGAGACAGUCCUCAAACUUUCGCUUCAAGUCUGGUAUGCUCUUGUCGACGUUCUGGCUGUCCAUCCCGAGAAGUUCGCUACAGAAUUCGAGCCUCAUCUUGCACCUUUGGUCACACUCACAUUCCAUCCUAUUGGUGUAUCUCGCCAUCCCAUCCCUAUGGACGCAACACUAUUCAUACGUCCUUCAGGCUACAGCUAUGCUCCCCUAAGCAGUGCCGCACGCAAAUCAUCUCCAGUCAACGGAUCUUCCGAGCCUGCCAGAAAGAGAAGACGAUCCGACAAGAAGGACAAGGACAUGCCGCCGCCAACCUCUUCGUCAGCUCACAACGUUGAUGGACACAUGAUGCAAGGCGAUGUCGAUCUCGUUGGAGCAGACAUCAUGAUCCGAUCCAGAACUCACGCAGCCCAAGCACUUGCAAAGGCCUGUCAGGUCUGGCCAGCAGCAACGAGGCGUGACAUGUUCUCUCCAAAGGUUCUCCCCAGUCUCAAAUCCGGCUUCUCGACCACACAACUCUUCACUGCCAUCUUCAUAGAAGAAUACGCCAAAAUCUCUCCUCUUAAGGAUGAUCUCACCACUUCCUUUACAGAAAGCCUUCGUCCCCUUGUGGAAGAAGACAGACCUAGCUGGUACAGCGACCUUACCAGUUAUCUACAAAUCGUCCGCGCGCAGUGUCAGAGUCUUCUGAACGCUUUCCGCGAAAAGGCCCAUGUGCCACCAAGCAAGCUUCCCAUAAUCGCUGUUGUGGUCCAAGGAGAGCCGGAAGCUGGCAAGAAUGCCUUCUCGCUCGCCGACGGAGAGCGCAUUGCUGUUCAAGACUUCGAACGACUACACAAGACACUUUCACCUGCUCAGCGUGUCACUGCAACCGAGAUGUUGUCAAGUGCUAAAGCAGACGUUGACUCAGUCAUUAACGAGGCGACCCUCAUCAAGAAACAACGUGAUGUUCGCAUCAAGUCUGCUGCAGCCGCUGCUAUCGUGGCACUGAAGGGAAUUCCCAAGAAGCCUCAGGCUACUAUCAAGGGUCUCAUGGACAGCGUCAAGGAUGAAGAGAACUUUGAGCUCCAGAAGCGCUCUGCAGCCGCUAUCGCUAGUCUUGUCGACCAACUGGUUGCUAGUGGCCGCAUGAAGGUUGUCGACAAGGUCGUGGGUAACUUGGUCAAGUUCUGUUGCAUGGAGACUGGAGAGACACCCGAGUUCCACCCCAACGCAGACAGAGAGUCUGGCAUUCUCUCGCUGCAAAAAGAUGAAGAUAUUCAGGAUCGUCCCGAUGCUGCCAAGUAUGAGAGAGAGGUUCGUCAAGCUCGUAUCACCAGACGUGGUACUAAGGAUGCUCUUGAACAACUCUGCUUCCAGUUUGGCAGCGAUUUGUUCGAGAAGGUGCCUAUGCUCCGUACUCUCAUCGAGGAUCCUAUUCGUCACUGCUUUUCUGGAGAUCUGCCUGCCAACAUUACGGACCCCGAGCAAAACAUUGGUCAAGAAGUUGUGGAUGCUAUGUCUACACUCCGCGCACUGGUGGCAUCAUUCCAUGAAGAUCUCCAUCCAUUUGUUCUUGAUCUCAUGGGCUUCAUUGCUAGAGCUCUCCAGACACGACUUGCCGUUCUUAGAUACACCGCUGCCAAGUGCUUCGCAAGUAUAUGCAGUGUAAUCACCGUGAAGGGCUUCACAAUGUUGGUUGAACGAGUCUUGCCACCGAUCAGCAACCCAACCGACGUGCAUUGCAGACAAGGUGCCAUUGAAUGCAUCUACCAUCUCAUCCAAGUCAUGGAAGAUCGUAUUCUGCCUUACGUCAUCUUCCUUCUGGUUCCUGUACUCGGACGCAUGAGUGAUUCGGAUAAUGGCGUACGCCUGAUCGCAACUACCGCUUUUGCUACACUGGUUAAGCUGGUACCCCUCGAGGCCGGCAUUCCAGACCCGCCAGGUCUCUCCGAAGAACUUCUCAAGGGACGCGANAAAGAGCGCAAAUUUAUUGCGCAGAUGCUCGACCCCAAGAAGGUUGAAUCAUUCGAGAUUCCCGUCGCGAUCAAGGCAGACCUUCGUUCGUACCAACAAGACGGUGUCAACUGGCUGGCCUUCCUCAAUCGUUACCAUUUACACGGUGUCCUUUGUGACGAUAUGGGUCUCGGCAAAACACUGCAAACUAUCUGUAUCGUCGCGAGUGAUCAUCACAUGCGCGCAGAGGAAUUCGCCAAGACUCAAGCACCCGAUCAACGCAAGAUGCCUUCCUUGAUUGUCUGUCCUCCAACUUUGUCUGGUCACUGGCAGCAAGAGAUUCGUACAUAUGCGCCCUUCCUGAAUGCCGUAGCCUAUGUUGGUCCACCAUCCGAGCGCAACAAGCACCGCGCAAAGCUUGCUGAGGCUGAUAUCGUCAUCACCUCGUAUGACAUCUGCAGAAACGAUGUUGAAGUNUUUGCACCUCACACUUGGAACUACUGUGUGCUAGACGAGGGCCAUCUCAUCAAAAACCCCAAGGCUAAGGUCACUCAAGCUGUUAAGCGACUUGCAAGCAACCACCGACUCAUUCUCUCUGGUACACCCAUUCAAAACAACGUGCUUGAGCUCUGGUCGUUGUUCGACUUCCUGAUGCCUGGCUUCCUUGGUACAGAGAAGAUGUUCCAGGACCGAUUCGCCAAGCCAAUUGCUGCUUCCCGUUUCAGCAAAUCUUCUUCCAAGGAACAAGAAGCUGGUGCGCUCGCAAUUGAAGCUCUCCACAAACAAGUUCUGCCCUUCUUGUUGCGUCGCCUCAAGGAAGAAGUCUUGGAUGACUUACCACCCAAGAUUCUGCAAAACUACUACUGCGAUCUCAGCGAUCUGCAGAAGAAGCUCUUCGAAGACUUCACUCGCAAGGAGGCCAAGACCAUUGCGGAGAAGGCUGGCUCUGCUGACAAGGAGGCCAAACAGCACAUCUUCCAAGCUCUGCAGUACAUGCGUAAACUCUGCAAUUCACCAGCCAUGGUGAUGAAGGAGAGCCACAAACAAUACGCGACGAUCCAAGCGCAACUAGCACGUCAAAACUCGAGUUUGACCGAUCCAGUCCAUGCUCCCAAGCUCACAGCUCUCAGAGACCUUCUCGUCGACUGCGGUAUCGGUGUUGACUCUGCUGCUGCAGGCGAGGUACCUUCUGCUGAUCAAGCCGUGUCUCAGCAUAGAGCCCUCAUUUUCUGUCAGAUGAAGGAAAUGCUCGAUAUGGUCGAGUCGACCGUCUUCAAGCGAAUGCUGCCGUCAAUCACAUUCUCUCGCCUCGAUGGAAGUGUCGAGGCCUCCAAACGCCAAGAUAUUGUCAAUCGCUUCAACUCCGAUCCAUCCAUCGAUUGCUUGCUCCUUACCACCAGUGUUGGUGGAUUGGGUCUCAACUUGACUGGUGCAGACACAGUCAUCUUUGUCGAACAUGACUGGAACCCCCAGAAAGACCUCCAAGCUAUGGACCGUGCGCAUCGUAUCGGUCAGAAGAAGGUCGUGAACGUGUAUCGCUUGAUCACUCGUGGCACUCUGGAGGAGAAAAUUCUCAAUCUGCAGAGAUUCAAGAUCGAUGUCGCUAGCACUGUCGUCAACCAACAGAAUGCUGGUUUGGGAAGCAUGCAGACAGAUCAGAUCUUGGAUCUCUUUAACAUGGGCGAUACAGAAGGCGCGCCAUCGCUCGAAGACAAGCCCAGAGAUCCUAACGCAAUUGAUGAAGCAGACGCUGUGGACGCUGAAGGCAACGUUCGUGAGAAGGGCAAGAAGGGCAUUCUUGAUGAGCUUUCUGAGCUCUGGGAUGAAAAGCAGUACGAAGAGGAGUUCAACUUGGAUGGAUUCUUGUCGACUAUGAAGGCUUGA